ACACCCGCCGCUUUCUUCUAUGCAGCCGUGUUCAAUGUGUACGACGAAGAUGGAUCGGGCUGCAUCCCCACGGAACACAUCCCUGAAAUUCUAGAUAAGCUUGGUCGAGAUGCCUCUGAAGAGCUAUUGAACGAGCUGGAUGACUGUGCUGGUGAAAGCGGCGUGAUCAGCUUUGAAGACUUUGUGUCCCUCAUCCAAAACCACGUACUGAGGCAGCAAGAGCAGGAGCAGGAACUUGCAGGCGGUGGUACAGGAGUUGGUGGCGAUCGCUUACGACCCGGUCCAGAUCCCAAAGUUAUGGAGUUCAUCGCAAUUUUGGAGGAGUACCGCUUGAAGUGUGAAGAGGACGGAAACUACUUGGAGGCGCAGCGUGCAGAUUCGCAAUUGACGGCGCUUCGCCGACAGGAAUUCAAAAGGCAGUCCAAGUCGCUGAAGGCCCGUCAAAUCGCUGAGCGCCAGGACGUGCAGAUCGCGCACAACAUGCAGUUCAACGACUUCAACCAGGCGUGGGAUCAGUACAUGGAGGAGUACGAUCGGAUGGCGCAGGCGUACGUGAAGCAAAUGACCGAGAAGCACGGUGCAGACCUUGCUGCAUUCCAAGACAAGUUGCAGCAGGAAAUUCUGGAGCGUCCGCCCAAGUUCUCCAAAGAACUGAUCGAGUGGCGCCGUCGACAGCAUCGCUUGGCUCAGCAGAAGAGCUACGCUGAGGCGCAGAAGAUCAAGCAGAUCGCGGAUGAAGUCGAGGCUGACGAGCGCGCCAAGAUGAGCGAGGAGCUACGCGCAGUUUUCGCGCGCAAAGAGGCCAAGCUACGCCAGCAGCAGCAAGCAGAACUAGCAGCGCUGUUGAAGCGCAUCGACGGCCGUCGCAAGGAGCACCUGAAGCAGCGCAACCUAGACUCGAAGCGUCUGCUGCAACGCAACCGCAACGUCCAGUCUGUCCUCGAAUCGAAGCAAGUCGCAGAGGCCACCAAGAAGAUCCAGGACAUCAAGAUGAGCCUCAUGCCCAAGGAGCGGGCCCCUGCCCGAGGCCCCUUCAACGUCAUCCCGCCCCAAGCCAGACGGUACAGUCUCAACAGGAUGGACAUCGGGCGCGUGCUGCUGCGGGACGCCCACUACGUGUGGAGGGAGCGCGUGGCCUUACUAGAGAAGGAUGCGGUCGUGCUGCAGGGGCCGCCGUCGGCGUGGCAGGCCGCAGCUGCAGCAAUGGGCGGGCGCCCCAAGAAGACGAAGCCCAAGCUCAAGCAGAAGCCCAAGCCCAAGCUGGCCAGACAGCGCAGCAAGCCCAAGGCCCCGCCGCCCGCUGAGACGCUGCCGCUCGAUGGGUCGCUGAGUUGUGAGGGCAUUGUGGUGUCCUCGGCCCACAUGCACUCGGUGCGGCUGCAAGACUUGCGCUCGGGCCGCGAGUUCCUCGUGGACGCCACCACCAGAGGCAAGCGCCAGAUGUGGAUCGACCUGUUCGCCAGCGCUCGUAACAGAGCGAAUAUUAGCAGCAGUUGGCGUGGUGAUUUGUCGUUGAUGGAUGUAGAGGAAGGUGGAGAUGCGGUGGGCGCUACUACGCGCUCGCUGACGCUGCUGGACAUGCAGCAGGCGGUGGAGAUGCUCGUGGCAGCGACGGAGAGCGACGCGGACACGGCGGUGGUGAGGGGAUACGAUUUGGAGGACGAGGAUCGACCGAGUAGGGAGCGGUGUCGUGGGCAUUUGCUGUGGCUACAAGACAGCGCGUUUCAGCAUUUAUUGGCACAAUUUGAUCGAGAAGAAGAUGGCGUUUCUGGGACAGACGGCGUUCAGGCUCUGCUGCGGUUUGGUGCGUAUAGCGUCCCAACGGCAUUGGCGCUCGCGAAUGAGCUGCUGCAUCACCAACUUAUCGUGGAAUGCUUUGCUAGUCGAGAUGAAAACGGAGCUGCAUUCCAGAUGAACACUUCGGCCAGAUACAAGAAGGUAUGCGUUGAACCUGCGGAUCAUGAGCUUAGGAGUGAUGACGGCGACGAGAAGCGUCGUGCUAUUGUCUCGAGCGAGCGAGUGGCACGGUUAAAGGAGGAACGUCGCCGUCUACAAGAUCAGAUCGAGAAGCUGAAAGGGAGGUAUUUCCGUCUCUUCAACCUCUUCUGUUUCUGCUGCGUGCUAGUGCUGCUAGACGCGCUCGUGACGACAGUGCUGUUACCCGGUCCGUUGAAGCUGAGCCUUGUGACAGGCUUGCUAUUGUGGCUGACGCUGAGUGGUGGCACGGCGACACUGUCUAUUAAUUUCCAGCCACGCAGCCACGCAGAUGAACUCAACGGAACUUCGCAAGUACGAAUCGAGCGGGAAUCGAAGGCGCCCGACCUCCCACAAUCUCAUUUGGCGCCUCAAGAUACUUUGGAUGUUGCUAGCCGAAUUGUGUCAACUUUGCCUAUGAACACGUCCACGAAUAGAAGAGGAUCAGCAGCAGUGGCGACAAUGCAGCACGAGUCCAUGGAUCGAGCUGUGAUCGUGCUGACGCAAGCGGAGGAAGCUGAAGUGCACUCGUUUCGACUGGCGAUUGCCCAAGCUGCUGGCGUCCCUGUCGAGGUGACUCACGUGUUCUCUGAUGAGUACCUCUUCAGAGUUCUGCGCGUCAAGAACCGGGCGUUUGCAUACGCGGUAACGAAGAUGGCGCAUAUCGUCGAGUGGCGGCGCGUUUACGAAGUCGAUACCAUCGCUUGGGAUGACGUGAAGUCUCAGCUUGUGUCUGGCAGUAUGUACUGGUAUGGCUACGACUUCCAGAAUCGCCCGAUCCUUUGGGUUCGGGCCAAGCUAAAAGACUGGGACACGAUGGCAAGUCGACGCGAUGUUGAGGUCCGUGCGCACGUGUACCUGCUGGAACUGGGGUGCCGCCGCUUUAUGCCUCCUGGAGUCACGACGUAUACAGUCGUGACAGACUCUGCUGGGCUGGGCAUGAAGCAGGUAGACCUGCGCCUUAUGCGCGGGUUGCUCGAUGUGUGUGUCGCCAACUUCCCUGAUCGGAUUGGCCUCGUCUACGCCGGUCCGUUGACUCGAUUCCUCAAGUACAUCACGUCGUGGCUGUGGCCGUUCCUACCUGUGCGUCUGCGCAGCAAGGUGUCACUCAUGCACGACUGCGCCGCUGAAUUGGCCAAGCACAUGGACACCGAGUUGAUCCCAUUGCACAUGGGCGGCUCCGCAAUGCAUAACCUCCGCACGCCUCCUACUAACCCCGCGGAGGCCAACGAUAUCAUGGAGAUCACGUACAUGAUCGAUCAGCAGAAACGGUUCAUGGAGGAGCUCAAACUUAAGCAGUAA